GGCAAAAGCAACGAGAAGUCGGUCCCAACGAGAAAUCAGCCUCGACGAGGAAAUGACCCCCUUGAAAGGUCUUGCCAUCUUCAAAUUCGAAACAUUAUACGGCAUACCACGAUACCUUUCGCCAAACACACUUCGAACCGCCCAAUCUCGUUUACGCAGCUUUUCCCCAACCCUGCGAAUGCUGACAUAACUUGUAUCAAAAUAGUUUCCUGAUGGUCAAAACGGUUGUGGACUACGACCACUUGUCGUAUAACCUCAUGGGCGACACGAGCUUGUUCUACCCGGCCCUCGGUAACAGCACGUGCCUCGUGGCAGCGCUUCCGUACGGUGCCGUCACGUUGCUCAACAACGUGUCGCAGCCCCAGACGUUCGAGCUCGGACUCCCUCAGCUCUUUGUCUACAACUGCACCAAUCCAACUGAAUACCUCCAGCUUUAUUACUUCAACGUGGGGCGUAUUCUCAUCGAGCAGCGUUCGCUCACAACGCUCCGCGACACAUUCUGGGGCAACGUGACAUCGAUGGCGUUUGUGAUGCUGGGCGUGACAACCGGCAGCUGGCUCUUACUCAUUUUGAUGGUUCUCGCAUCGUCAAUGCUCAACUCCAAGGGACGCAAUGAUUACAUGUAUAACGAGUAUGCCAACACGUUUCUGCGGCUGUCCGCACACCGUGACCCGCGCCACGCAUACCGCCACUCACAGUACGCGCUCCGCAACAAGCAGCGUGCACGGCGCUUGAUCCAGGCCACCACGAUCAUCUUCACAGCAGUGAUGACCGCCAUGUUGUACAAGACGGGCAAACUUCUCUGCGUCUCGUACCUCGCGGGCUACCAGGACACCAACGAGUUCCAGCUCUGCAUCGUCGACUCGCUCAUGUUCCAGGCCGCUAUCGAGGUUGUCAUCGGUUUGCUCAUCGACCUUUCGUGGCUCGGCAUCUUGUACAACGUGGUCAAGUUCCAGGCGCGCCGCCUCCUUCUCAUCACGGGCCUUGCGUACUGCGUGCUUCUUACCGCGCUCCGCAGCGCUGCCACAGCCGUCAGGCAAAGCACACGCGUCUAUCCACAGACCUUCUUCGGAAUCCCUGUGUUUACUCGCAUCGAUAUUGCGACACUCGUAUUUACCAAUCUUUACUACUUUGCCACGCGCGCCUGGCUCGUCGGCUGCACAGUGCGCCGCCGCGCGUCCGCCUACAGGCAAGAAACCUACCCGCUAGUUGUGGUCAACAUGGUCUUCAUCAUCACGCCGUUUGUGUUCGAUAUCUUGUGCGUUGCCAACAUCUGGUUCAAGACCUGGACCGUGUACUUGAGUCCAUUUGUCAAGAUCAUAGGCCUCUACACGGUGGACGUCUGGCUCACCCACAUCGAGUUCUUGGACCGCCGGGCCGAGAAAAAGGCGGUGUUGGGGCGCCGGAUGAGUGCGGACGACUUGCCAGGAAACGAGAAUCCGCCGCGCGCCUGGCUAUCCCUCAAAAGAGGCUGGGGCGUGAACCGCUUCAUCGAGUGGUUUGGCGCGCCCGAGCGCGAGGCGUACUACUACGAGGAGGAGCACAGCACGCGUCGCGUACUUGGUCAGGAACAGACUGUGCAUGACUCGCAUACCGACGAGUAUUCGAUACACUACGAGGUGGUAGAGGUGAGUGAGGAGUACCACUAUGAGCAUGACUACGAGAUGACUCCGACCGUGUCUCUGACAUCUGGGGAAACACCCCAGCGGGCAGUGUUAGAAGUCGGACCAGGAGUGGAGGUCCAUGCGGUUCGCAACUUUGUAAUCGAGUCAGAUGACGAGUCGUUUGAGGUGCGUAGUUCUGCGAGCAUCGGAGAUCCCGAGUAUGCCAUGGAUGAUGAGUUAUACCAAGUGGUGCAUAGUGGAAAUGAUAACGAAAAUGAAAGUGGAAGCGGAACUGCUAACCCUUCCGUCACCGAUCACUCGAUCACAGUGUCUGGCUAUCGAUGAAGAUGCCCACGAGGGACGGCUCUGACCUCCCCCGAUUUGAGUCCCACCCCGGUUUUCAUACCGGAGAUUACUGGGGUGAAAAAGCUGGCCGGUACUAUGGUCGGUAAUGGCUUUAGAGUCAGGAAGUUCGAUUUUGUCGAGACAUGUCCUUCCUGUUCUAAUAUACCCAUAAUGAAUCUAUAGUGUAGAAUGCUGUGAUAAAUCAAAUAGUAGGGGAGAAAGGGG